UGACUACGUGCAAUGCACAGUUGCACACAGCACAUUUCCCUUCGUUCAUUUGACAAAGGAAAAAAGCAGUAGUCCGCCAUUAUUUACGCUUCCAAGGCAAAUUUCGCUUAGAUUUCCAGCUGAAAGAGGCGAUGGCGAGGAGACCGGACGAGUACGAUUACUUGUUCAAGGUCGUCCUAAUCGGUGAUUCAGGCGUUGGCAAAUCCAAUCUGCUCUCGAGAUUCACCCGCAACGAGUUCUGCUUGGAAUCCAAAUCCACGAUCGGCGUCGAAUUCGCCACCCGCACUCUUCAGGUCGAAGGUCGAACUGUAAAGGCCCAAAUAUGGGACACCGCUGGCCAAGAGAGGUACAGGGCCAUUACAAGCGCAUACUACCGUGGUGCCUUGGGUGCCCUUCUUGUGUACGACGUGACAAAGAAGACCACUUUCGAGAACGUGAACCGUUGGCUGAGAGAACUUAGGGACCACGCGGACUCCAACAUUGUUAUCAUGCUCAUAGGAAACAAAACUGAUCUCAAGCACCUCAGGGCUGUUGAUACAGAGGACGCUCAGGGUUUUGCCGAGAAAGAAGGGCUCUCGUUCCUCGAGACAUCUGCUCUAGAGGCGACUAAUGUGGAACAAGCUUUUCAGACUCUCCUUUCUGAGAUUUAUCGUGUUAUAAGUAAGAAAGCGCUUGCCUCAAACGAGCCUGCUCACUCUAACAUUAAAGAAGGAAAGACUCUUGUGGUUGGCUCUCAGGAGACAGAGGAUGCUAAAAAGACAUGUUGUUCGACAUAGGCUUCUCGUUUUUUUUUGGCCUCAUGUUUCAUUUUUUUUUUUUAGUUUCUAUUUCACAAAAAAAUCUAGCUACCUGAUUAAUACUUGAGGUUUUUGGGGUAAGUUGUGGGUGGAAUGUAUUGGUUUACUAUGGCUGGUGUUGUUUUUUGCAUUUCGAGAAUGGAUAGAAAUUAUAUUUUUAUGGCAAUGGGAAGUUGAAGUCCAGUUUAGUCACAUAUAUGCAC